CUCUCUUUCCACACACACCUAACACCACCCCUCUUUCUUUCUUUCUGAGUGCGGGUCCAUGUUUUAUCUGCCACCGGCCACCCCCUCUCUCUCUCCUCUUUCUCUCUCUAUAUAUAAUAUCCACAUAUAUAUACACCUGUUGAAGCCAGUUGUAGGCUCCAGCUGAAGAGGGUAUUGCAGACAAAACCAUUGCACACAAAACUAUUGCCGAUAAUGUCGUUGAAACCGGCCUCAAGUUUCACCAAACAACCUCUGUGAAAAUGAGACUUCAAUUGCUAACAAUAAUAAUAAGAAAUGGGUUUAAAGGCUGUUCCCAUCUGGGUUUGUUUUAAUCACUCUCUUCCUCAAUUGGGUCUCUCUGAUUUCGUUCAAAACAAGAAAAAGAUCCAGCCUUUAAGUAGUUAUAGGGUUAAUCUUGCAAGUUUCAAGAAAUGGGAGUGUAAAGGUUUGAAAUUGGCCCAAAAUGAGGUCUCACAAAUCCCUGUUGAAGAUGAUGAGAAGCCUUUGAGUCCACCUGAUUUGGAGGGUGAAAGUUCUACAGAUGGGAAGAUUGAAGAGACCCAGAUCACUGAAUCCAAAGGGUUUCAUAGAGAUUUGAAUUCUUUACCAAAGCCCUUAUCGGCUACGGAUCUUGUCUCUUCUAGUAAUGACGGCUCAAAGGUCCGAGUUGCUUACCAGGGUAUUCCAGGUGCUUAUAGUGAGGCUGCAGCUCUUAAAGCAUACCCAAAAUGUGAAACAGUUCCAUGUGAAGAAUUUGAAUCUGUAUUCAAGGCAGUUGAAUUAUGGUUAGUGGAUAAAGCAGUGCUCCCGAUAGAGAACUCUGUAGGGGGAAGUAUUCAUAGAAAUUACGAUUUACUCCUUCGUCAUCGCCUGCACAUUGUUGGUGAAGUGCAGUUGAUUGUUAAUCACUGCCUCUUGGGUGUCCCCGGAGUAAGAAAAGAGGAGCUAAAGCGCGUUUUAAGCCACCCUCAGGCACUUGACCAAUGUGAGAUUGCAUUGAACAAAUUAGGUGUUGUCAGAGUUAAUGCUGAAGACACUGCUCUUGCAGCUCAGGUUGUAGCUUCUGAAGGCAUACGAGAGACCGGAGCAGUUGCAAGUUCUAGAGCUGCAGAAAUAUAUGGACUUGAUAUUCUAGCUCAAACGAUCCAGGAUGAUUUAGAUAACAUUACCCGUUUUCUAAUACUAGCAAGAGAACCUAUCAUUCCGGGAACGGACAAACCCCAUAAGACGAGUAUUGUCUUUACGUUAGAAGAAGGGCCGGGGGUGCUGUUUAAAGCAUUAGCCGUGUUCGCUCUAAGAGAGAUCAACUUAUCAAAGAUCGAGAGCCGGCCGCAAAGGAAACGUCCGCUCAGGAUUGUUGAUGACAGCAACAAGGGUAGCGCCAAAUACUUUGACUACCUAUUUUACAUUGACUUUGAAGCUUCGAUGGCGGAGCCUCGUGCCCAAUAUGCUCUAGGACAUCUACAGGAAUUUGCCAGGUUUCUUCGUGUUCUUGGCUGCUACCCGAUGGAUACGACUCUAUAGAUCAAAUCUAGCGCAAACUUUUCGUGUGCAGUGUGCCAGAUUUGUCAGUUAUAUUAUAAGAGAAAGAAACAAUCACCAAGGCUUUUGGCAAAUCGGAUGAACCCAACCUUUUCUUUUAUUCGUUUUUCUCUUGUCAUUUUCAUUUUCAGUGGUCGUUACACAGCAAAGUAAAUUUCAAUACCGAAACCGCCUUUUUAUUAUUAUUUUGUUUUGUGUAUUUGAGGAAGAGUAGUUAAAAAUCUCGUGCAUAGUUGUGACAAUGGAUUCUUUAAAUUACAAUGCAUUUUCUUCAUAAGUUUUAAAUA